CGCAGUUCUGACCCAAACAUGGCGACGGAGAUCUGCGAAAAGUGCUGAAAUCUGUCUACAUUUCGACAAAAAAGCGAAGCAGCCGAUGCUCAGCAUGGUCCGAACACCACUGAGAGAUCUCAAGGACAGUAAGAAGGACGGAGCGGGCCGGAGCAUGUCUCUCUCAGGUCCUGGACCGCUCAGAGUGAGCGACUCCUUCUCAUGGGAGGGGUAUUUAAGAGAGACCUCGUCCGUUCCCGCUCCUCCCAGCUGCUUCAGACAGUCUCUGAUUCCUCCCUCCAACGAGUUCAAGGUGGGCAUGAAGCUGGAGGCCCGAGACCCUCGUAACUCCACCUCCACCUGCAUCGCCACGGUGAUGGGCUUGAUGGGCGCGAGGCUCCGCCUCCGUCUGGACGGCAGCGACAGCACCAACGACUUCUGGCGAUUGGUCGACUCCGCCGACAUCCAGCCAAUCGGCUCGUGCGAGAAGAAGGGAGACAUGCUGCAGCCACCGCUGGGAUUCAGGAUGAACGCCUCGUCGUGGCCCAUGUUUCUCCUGAGGACGCUCAAUGGAGCCGAGAUAGCACCAGCCACGGCGUUUAAAAAGGAGCCGCUGCGGCCGCCUCAGAACGACUUCAAGCCCGGCCUGAAGCUGGAGGCCGUGGACAAGAAGAACCCGUACCUGAUCUGUCCGGCCACCAUCGGCGAGGUGAAGGGGGAAGAGGUGUUCGUGAUGUUCGACGGCUGGAGGGGGGCGUUCGAUUACUGGUGCCGCUAUGACUCCAGGGACAUCUUCCCCGUGGGCUGGUGCUCGGUCACCAAACACAGCCUGCAGCCGCCCGGAAACAGCAUCUCCGUUCCAAAACUGGGUUCUACACCUUCCUCCUCUUCCUCUUCCUCUAACCCUAAACCGCCCCGGCGCUCCAUGCCGAUUCCUCACCGCCUGCCGACUCCUCUUCCUCAACUCCCCGUGCGGAAGGGCAUCAGGGGACGGCGGCCGAAAAGCGAGACCAUCGCAUUGCUGAAAGCCCUGGCCGUUUCCACCGUGGCUCAAGACACUGAAGAUCAAGGAGAAGCCACACCCCAAACCACACCCAUUUCCCAGCAUCCCCUGCGUCAAUACAAGAAGAGAGGACCUAAACCAGGCAGCAAGAGGAAGCCCAGACUCCUCCAGAGUGCCAUGUCUAUAGAAGCCAGCUCAGACUCCAGGGUCCCCAUGACUCAGAUGCCCAGCGAUGGACUCCCUCCUCUGGGAUCCCCCUCAUCUGUGGUGUCUACUGUGUGUGUAUACGUGAAUAAACACGGGAACUGUGGCCCACAUCUGGACCGUAAGCAGGUUCAGAGACUGCCGGAUCACUUCGGGCCGGAGGCGGUGAAUCUGGUUCUGCAGCAGACGGUUCAGGCCUGUCUGGACUGUGCGUACCAGCCCAAAGUGCUUCUGGGAUGCCUGCAGAGCCAAGGCGGCGGAGGAGAGGUGGUCAGAGUCCGGACAGAUGGUGGGAAGCGGUUGGUGAAGCUGCCGUCAGCGUCGAGCGCCGGGUUCGUGUUGCACUUCCUGGAGCGAGUGUGUCGACACCUGCAGUGUGAUAAUCUGUUCAGCAGUCAACCGUUCAGUCCACAAAACACCUACGACCGCGCUAAAUCAGUUAAAGAGGAGAUGGUGUCAGACGGUCCGUCUCUGAACAGAGGUGUGAAGCGGAUCUCCAGAGACUCGCCCCCGUCGUACUGCGCUCCUCUCUCCCCGAAGAUCCUGCACACAGACACACACCCGUCAGAAGCGGAGACUCUUCCUCCAGAGGAGAGCGGAUUACUGAAGGAGCAGCGCUUCAUGAACUCCGCCUCCAAUUCCAUGACGCCCCGCCCACAGACCUUGAGAAGCACCUCAGAGUACCAAUCAAUGCCCAACAACCCGUAUUACCAUGGAAACGGGCCGCCCCUCCGGAGACGGGCGUCAAACCCCUCCCCACAGACACACAGACGAGUGGAGGCAGCCAGCUCUACCACAGGCCCCGAGACAGCGACGGACCGAGAGCUUCCCAGAAUCCCCGGCAGGAGUCCGUCCUCCUGGUCUAUAGAGGAAGUGAUGCGGUUUGUGCGGGACGCGGACCCAACAGCACUGGCUCCACACGCAGAGCUCUUCAGAAAACACGAGAUCGACGGGAAAGCUCUGAUGUUACUGAGGAGCGACAUGGUGAUGAAGUACAUGGGGCUGAAACUGGGACCGGCACUCAAACUCUGCCACCACAUCGAGAGACUCAAGCAGGGGAAGCAGUGAAACACACACACACACACACACACGCCGUCUCCCCCUGACGUUCAUCUGCAGCCAGAGCGCACUUUGAGGAACAUUAGUGCCGCUCUCUGGGAUCAGCCGUCGGUAAACAGGAGCAUUCGGUCGGUUCUUACCUCCUGCGAUCAAUCAGCUUCACAGGACGAUUAUCUCGCUCCUAGAAAUCGUUUCUGCGUCUGAUGUUGGUUAUGUAUUGCUCUACCUCUUUGUGACGUCAUACUAGUCCACAGAUGUUUCUGACAUCACUUCCAGCCACCGAAAAUCUCGUUUGUAUAUUUCACUGGCGUCAAACAAAACACAUGCUACACAAUCCUAAGGGGAAACGUUCGGCCAAUCAUUAUCAUAUACAGUCCAAAGCCGUACGACUUUGUUUCUUCCGUCAAACGCAAAAAGAGACGUUUUGAAGAAUGUUCACGCUGCUCGUUUUCACGCGAUUAUGCCUCAUUAUUUUUGAACCCUUUAAACUGCUUUUUUUAUGGUUGCAGAUUAAAUUUGAGCGUUUAUCUUCAAUAAUAAUAAACAUUAUAUUUGUCAAUCAUGCAUAAAUUAAAAACAGGCCUGAUUUUUGCUCUCAAAGUCGUUGCAUGGUUAUAUCUGACUAUUUUCCAAAUGCAUUUAUUAAAAUCAGUUAGAAUAAACAUGGUUAAAUACGACUAGCUAAAUUCAUUUAGGUAAUGUACGAGAUACUUAUAAAUGUAAAAUACAUAAACUUGGUUUUAAAACACAUUUUGUUUAUUAUUAGUACUAUUUCAGAAACUGGCCGGUUUCGUUUAUGUAUGACAAGAAAAAUAUGAAUCACGUUCACUGUGAAAUAUAAAAUUGAAAUGCAAUUUAAAUACAUAAAUCUUAAAUUUAAGCCUAAAUGCUAAUGAAUACCUGUAGGUUUGAUCACUGCUUUAAAAAAAAAACUAAAAUCACUGUCUAAUAUAGUUUCCCGUGUGCUUUUUAUCCGCUCUUCUUCUAUGUAUUUUCUCCUUCAACUCAUAGUUUAGUCUCGAGUGUCAGGAGUAUCGAGCGUUCGUAAUGACCCAAUGCUUUCGAGAUAACGCUGUUUGAGUUGGCUUGGUCUUUGUUACAGAAACUCUUAUCUCGGGAAUGUUGGGAAGUCAGGGUUAGACAUUAGAGAUCACCAGCAGCUUCAGAACAGUAUUCAAGAGACAGAAACACAGCGUGCCGUGGAGAAAUGAACACGUUUGUCACUCAAGAACUCGAAAAGCCGUCAAAACUGGUUCAUUUCAAUAAAGCGUCUCUGUAGAAGAAUCACUAAAAUAGUGUUUUCCGUCACCUUCCAGCUCGAAGUUAUAAAUAUAAAACUCAGCAACAGGAAUGUACAAUUUUGUAGAGAAGAAAUAUUUUAAGAUAAACAUGUUGUAUAUGGAGGUGGGACGUUACAGGGGGCUGUUUAUUUGGGAUGUGUGGUUUAAUAUACCUUGUACUGCCUUCCAGCGCUCUUUAUUCACUUCUGAACCGCUGUGUUAAACUGCCUUGCUUUACUUUGAGACCUCUCAGGAUUUUGUCCAUCUUUUGUAAGGUAGCAUUUCAAGUUAGCCGUGAAUGUGAUCGUUUAGACUUUUCAGUUCUUUUGUUGACCUUUUUGUAAUAAAAAGAUGUAUUCGUAAA